CGUGACGUCAACGCAACGAUUUGACACACACAAACAAACACAAACGCACACAUCAAAGUUCAGAGUAUAGUUGGACAUGGAGUCGUUUCGCAGACCCCGACCUUCUCUCUCAGCGUUCAGCGUUCUUUUUGUGUUGUUGGUUAACGUGCAGCUGUCUUCAGCGGGAGAAUGCCCUGCAGACGGCCGUACCUGGGUGCCCUAUGGCGGGAGCUGCUACCACUUCGUCCACGGAGAGGAGGACCGGCUGAAGAGCUACUCCUACCAACGCGCCCAGUCCUUGUGUCAGGGCUUCGAGCUGGUGACGAUCCAGAGCCAAGAGGAGAAUGAGUUCAUCCUUAAGUACAGUCCGGAGGUUUGGAAGGGCAACACCAACGUAUGGCUGGGCAUGUAUUACGACACCAGCAGAGGAGACGAGGAGGUCUUCUGCUCCUGGCUCACCCUGUCUGCUGCUCGGUUGUCAGGUGAGCGGAUGAGGUGGUUCGGGGGGCAGAACUCCAGCUACGCUAACUGGGAACGCGGCUCGGACGACCCCUCAGACCUGGUUCCCGUGGAAACGUGCGUAGCGCUGCACACCAGCACGGGCAUGUGGGAGAAGAUCAGCUGUGUGGACGAGGUGGAGAACGGGGUCAUCUGUGAGACCAGCCAGAAGGAGCUGACCCCGGGCCGACAGAUCUUUGCUCCUCCCCCAGAGCCCAGCGUGGCGCUGACGGUGCUGGUGGUGCUGAGUGUGGUGGUCGUCAUGGCGAUCUCCACCGUCAUCUGGUUCCUGCAGCAGAGGCGUCGCCCCGGCGCGGCGCUCUUCACGCCCUUCGAGUACCACCCAACGGCGGGGGGGCCGUACCACGACCGCUCAGGGCUGGUGGAGGCCGAGGAGACGCCCUGACGGAGGCGCCCUGACGGAGGCGCCCUGACGGAGGCGCCCUGACGGAGGCGCUGAGUCCGGACCCUUAACCUCCAGAGGCGGAGGUUUUAGAGAGGGGUUGAGUUUUGAGGAGGCAGAACGUUGUGAGUCAUGUGGAGGUCAUGUGGAGGUCAUGUUGAGGUCGUGGCGUCCACUAAGUGAUGAUGAUGGACCUUCACACGGCAUCCAGCAGGGGUGAGACGAGGGGUGAGACGAGGGGGGAGACGGGGGAGAGACGGGUUUGUUUCCAAACAUUAAAUCAAUCGGUUGUUUUGUCAAAAACAAAAUUAAGAUUAAAUUAAAUGUAUGCAUAAUGAUGUGAUUAUGUUUGUAUAAUUGUGUGAAAUGUUAGUUUUAUAACUGUUCUAUGCUAUUCAGUAGCACUGAGAAAUUAUGAUCGAUGAGCAUACAUGAUGAUGGUUAUUAAUAUAUAAUGAUUAUAUAAUGCUUGGUCCAUCCUUGUAAAGUAUACUUGGAAUGUACUGUCGCAAGAUAUUGAACUGGUUACUUUGAUGUUACUAGAAAUCCUGACUUUUCAAUCAAGAGAUAUAAUAUUUUGUUGUAUACAUUGAAACAUUGUUUGUUGAAAUACAUUUGAUGGCCUUUGUCAUUUAAUGCUA